GCAGUGUCCGGGGGGCCGAGCCUCGUGGCCGGACAGCGCACAGCGCUUCGCUCGAACGCAAGACGCACGAAACUCCGUCAGCGGGGGAUGGCGGGCGAGAGGCGCCGCCCACAGCCGCAGCCGUGAGGGAGGCGACGCCGCCAUGGGCAACGCCCAGGUGAAGGCUUCCGCCAGCUUCGCCGGCAAGCAGCGCGGAAAGCUCUCCAAGAGCGUCCACUGGAGCCAUGCAGAGCGGCCGCCGCCUCCAGGGAAGCCCCGCCUGGUGCCGGGGACUCCCCACUCGCAGGCUGGCGUCGUCACCAUCCGCUGGGACCCGCCGCCGCGGCACGGCGGGGCGCCUGUCACGGGCUACCUGGUGGAGCACCGGCGCGCGGGCACGCCGCACUGGGUGCGCUCGACGCCUGCGCCGACGCUGCGGCCCGAAGCGGCGCUGUCGGGCCUGGAGCCCGGCUGGCGCUACCAGUUCCGCGUCAGCGCCGAGAGCGCCGCUGGCCGCUCAGAGCCCGGGGAGCUGUCGGAGCCGCUCACCGUGACGCUGGACCGGCCGCAGGCUCAGCCACCGCUCUUCACCACCGAGCUGCGCGACGCCGUCGCCCUCGAGAACGACAAGGUGGAGUUCGUGGUGCAGUUCCGCGGCACGCCAGCGCCAGCCAUCUCGUGGUUCAAGGACGGCUUCGAGAUCUUCAGCAGCCGGCGCAUGAAGGUGGUCACGGAGGCGGAGCAGAGCUCGCUGGUCAUCUUCCAGGCGGCCUUCAGCGACGAGGGCGAAUUCAAGUGCGCCGCCACCAACCGCGUGGGCCAUGCAGUCACCCGCUGCAAGCUGCGCCUCGAAGCGCCGCCGCGCAUCCGGCUGCCGCGGCAGUACGAGGACGGGCUGCUGUUCGAGCGCGACGAGGUGAUCCGGCUGAAGGUGUCUGUGCUGGGGCGGCCGCUGCCGCGCGUCACCUGGCACCACAACGGCGAGCCCGUCGCCUUCGGCGGCCGCCACGAGGUCGUCAACACGGAGCGCGGCUCGCAGCUGCGUGUCGCCGAGGCGCGACGCUCCGACCGCGGAGAGUACCUCGUGAGGGCGACGUCGCGCCUCGGAGAGGACCACGCCGCCGUCCUCGUCACCGUCACCGAUAUCCCCCACCCCCCAGGGAAAGUUAAAGUGGUGUCUGCUCUUGGACGUUCUGUCACCCUCUCAUGGUCUGAACCUGAUGACGAUGGAGGCUGCAAAAUUGGAAAUUAUAUUGUUGAAUACUACAGAUUAGGCUGGAAUGUGUGGUUAAAGGCAGCCACGUGCCGUCAGCUAAGUACCAUCCUUGGAGAUCUCAUUGAAGGUUCAGAGUAUAAAUUUAGAGUGAAAGCAGAGAACCCUUAUGGAGUGAGUGAGCCAAGUGAAGAAUCAGAUACUGUAUUCAUUCCUGACCCUAAGCGAGGACUGAUGGACCCACCUGCAAAGCGAGCAACACUUGAGAGGGAUGUACCACUAAUACCAGGUGGCAGAGCAACUACAAGUGAGGACCACUUGCCGAUGGUUCCCAGGGAACCAGUAGCUAAGCGAUCAGCCAGUCUCACUAGAGCUGAUGAUCAGAAUAAGCAAACUCUAGUCAUUGAUAUCACAGGUAAACGUGGGAAUCUCAAGGCAAUGUCACCUGCUGGGAAGCCUGAUGUUCCUGAAAAUUUAGGGGAUGCUAUUAGAAGGUCCGAAGUAAAGAAGCCUCCUUCCUCUGCUAUUGAUACGAACAAGGUGAGCUCCGAAAAGCCUAAUGCUCUCAGAAGCAGUGCCACCGGUAGCGGAGCUGCCAAGUCCGAGAACAACAGAGACGGUGACAGUGUUGUGCCAGUGAAACCAGUGCGGACAGCCCACGGAGCGAAGGAAGCGGCCAGAGGUGUGAGUACCUGGGGCAGUGCGGCUGCGGCUGCAGCCCCAGCGGCUGCGGUGCCCGCUGGCAGGGUAGACGACGACUCGCGGCCGCUGACGGUGGUGCAGCACGAAAAUGAGAACGACCGGCUGGCGCGGCGGAGGGAGCUGGUGCGCCGGGGGUCGAGCCAGGGACCGCGCGAGCGGGACGACCGGCUCGUGCACGGCAGCUCGGAGCUCAUGCUGCUGCUGGUGCCACAGGAGGAAGGUCAGAAGGAGCAGCGGACGCCGCGCGACAGCGAGGAGCGGCAGGUGAGGGCGGUGGCGGGGGCGGCGGCCGCGGUGCUGGAGCGGGAGGAGAGCGUGGCGCCGCCCAUGUCGCUGUCGGCGCCCGAGCUGGGCGGCGAGGACCCGGCGGCGGGGGGCGGCGGCGACCCGGGCGGCCCGCUGCGCAACGCCGUCAGCUCGACCGAGCUGCUGCACGACCGCGCCAACGCGCGCUUCUUCCAGGAGGCGGAGCAGCGCCGCAUGCUGCGCGACCGCGAGCGCGCCGAGCAGCAGCAGCGGCAGGCGCGCACCCUGGUGGCCGCGCGCGCGCCGCCCCCGCACCAACAUCCUCUCCACAGGCAGACCACCGACACGUCUGAGGAGGCGAUGGAGGAGGACUCGCUGGAGGAGAGCGACGAGUCGGCGGACGAGCGCGACUUCGAGGCGGAGGAGAACCGCGCGUGGCGCAGCCGCCUGCAGCGCGGGCUCGCCGACCGCCUCGACGACGAGGAGGACACCUACCACCCGCCACGCGUGCUCGCAGCCGCUCCAGCUCCAGCUCCAGUCGCAGUUCCGGCCCCAGCCGCCGCUCCAGCAGACGCCAAGCCGCCACCAGCGGCUCCGGCGCAGACUGCCUGGGAGAGAGUUAACGGUGCACUACCGCAGCAGCAGCAGAAGCAGCCGCCACAAGAAACAGCUCUGCAGAACCGAGAGGCGCAGGCUGCAGCUUCGGAGGACAAAGAGAGGGCGGAGGAAGAGGAGGACGAGAGGGAGGACGAGGAGGCACAGCUGCGCGCCGCGGCGGAGGCGGCCCGCCGGCGCCGGAUCGCCAUGGCGUCGCGCCAGGCGUCGCUGGAGGAGGAGGCGGCGAUGCGGCAGGCGGUGUCCAGCCACUACGGCGAGCUCAUCAGCGACCUGGCGUCGCGGCGCUCGCUGCGCCCGCGCGCCUACGCCGCGCUGCUCGACGCCGACCAGCUCAAGGCGGCCGCCGACGACGCGGAGCGCCGCCAGGCGUCUCCCGUCCCGGAAGAGGACUCCGCCGAGGCCGGGGAGGAUCGCGCGGAGGAGGAGGAGGCGGCGCCGCCCGAGCACGAGCUGAAGGGCAUCCUGAAGAGCGCCAAGGUGGCAGAGCCCGCCACUCCAGCUGUGGCCAGAGCGCCGCCGCGGCGGAUGUCCUCAGAGGAGGAGGAGGGGAGGGAGGAUGAGGAGGAGGAGGAGGAGGUGCAGCAGAGGUUCCGCGAAGACACGCCGGUGGUGCGCGAGCGGCUGGGCGGCGCGAGCCCGCUGCGCUCGCUGGGCCGGUCGCCGCUGCUGCUGCACCAGCUGGGCCGCAGCCGCUCCUCCGAGGACAGCUACAGCUACGACGACGACGAGGACGCGGGCCCGGCGACGGUGCCGGCGCGCUACCACCUGCUGGAGGAGGAGGAGGGCGGCCGCGAGCCGGCGCCCAUGCACCGCGACGACGGCGCGCCGCUGCGCAUCCCGGCGCGCGCGCUGGCGCGCUCCUCGUCGCGCGAGGAGUCGGACGACGCCGACCCGGAGCGGGUGUACCGCGAGCGGCUGGAGCAGCUGCGGCGCGAGCAGCGCGAGUGGGAGGCGCGCCGCCGCCGCGAGGAGCAGCUGUGGCAGCUGCGCCGCCGCCAGCUGCAGCUGCUGCAGCCGCAGGCGCCGCCGCCGCCCGAGGUGGUGCGCCGGCGCGUGCGCUCGUGGUUCGAGUUCCUGAGCGACGCGGCGCUGCUGGGCGUCGCCUGCUGGCUCUACCUGUUCGUGGACGAGCUGCUGGUGGUGCCGCUGCUCGUGUUCCUCGUCUACGGCCAGCUCAGCGCCGCCGUCCGCCGCCGGCUGCCGCGCCUGCCGCGGCUCCCCUUCCGCCGGCGGCAGCCCGCACCGCCUCAGGACCAGUAGCUCUCCUACAGACCGACACCUCUGUCCGACGUGUUCCGGGAUCGAGAGUUCUGAAUCCGCUCUAUUUAUUCGUCAAGAUGGUUCAAGUUUAAUUACACAGUUGUCGAACUUUUUGGGGCCGCUUGUUGACCUGUCACCUGUCGGCUAUCGCCACUGGAUCUCCCUCCGAGGUUUGCCUAGCGAUUCGUCGGACGUUUCACCGGGCAUUCUCAAAGAAUCGACCUCCACUGCUACUUUUGUAUGUCCAUCCUUUUAGCAGGAGGUCACUGCGACGACGGCCGUUUACUGUCGUGACAAAAAAUAAAAACACCUACAGCCAUCCUUAUGAUUUCAAUUUAUACUGGAACAAAUAAGCCCUCGGUCACAAAUAUUAAGUCAAAAUUGACCUGGUUUCGACGCUACUAUGAGCGUCGUCUUCAGAAUUAGACUAACUGUUCUAAAACAUACUAGGUAUAUAGUACAUUAAUAAAAUUAAAGUUUUUACUGACUGGAUAAGAUGCAGUACUUACAAGUCACAUAUUAAGAAAGAUCUGAGCCGGAAAGGCGACGUCAUGAACAGUUGUGAGAUGGCGAGCCGCUAAGGGCUGCUCGUACUGUGAACAAGGUUGCAACGAGACUCUUUUAUUAAUGUACUAUAUACCUAAUAUGUUUUAGUACAGUUAGCCUAAUUCUGAAGACGACGCUCAUAGUAGCGUGGAAACCAGGUCAAUUUUGACUUAAUAUUUGUGAUCGAGGGCUUAUUUGUUCCAAUAUAAUUCUGACACGGUCACUGAACCUUAGCAGCUAUGUUCAAAGUUUUAGAUUUCAAUUUAUUUUGUCGCUACCAGUUUCAACACUUUAUUGCGUCAUUCUCAGCCUGUCUUUGAUGCGGUACAGGUUGAUAUGAUCCCCGUGCAUAACGCAUCAGUUGCCAGCAUUACUCGAUACGAAGAUAAUGUGUUGAUGGUUGGAGUGCUGACACAUUAUCUGUGUAUCCAGUAAUGGUGGCAACUGAUGGGUUAUGCAUGGGGAUCAUAUCAACCUGUACCGCGUCAAAGACAGCCUGAAGAUGAGGCAAUGAAGUGUUGAAACUGGUAGCGACAAAAUAAACUGAAAUCGUAAGGACGGCUGUAGGUGUUUUUAUUUUUUGUCCAUUGCUACUGGCGAUGACAGGCUCGACUCCAGUCCACCACCAACAAUGGAGGUUGCAUCUUUCAGACUUCCAUCAUCUUAGCUGGCGUAACGUCAGGAAAAUCAUUAAUCAAACUUCGGACGAAGAUCCAGAGAUGAAAGCAAAUAGGCAGUAUAAAAGUUUAGUUAUUUUGCCUCGUGAAAUAUAACUGGGAUAUGAAUAAUCUAUGUAGAAAUGGAAACAGUGACUUCUACAGACUACAAGCACGGCUUAUAGUCCAUUCAAACCGUUUCCCAUCGCUGCACCGAACAUCAGCAGCACAUCAGCCACAGAAGUCUAGCGAAAUCUGCUGUCGGAAAACACAGUCUUACGGAUAAGCUCAAAAUUUUGUGUCAGCAGACACGCGUUCUCCACACACUCCAACCGACUGUCACUUCAUAAUCAGAAAGGGUGUGCCUCAGCUACAUUAAUGAAGGCACAGGAUUCACAUUGAGCACUGUCUGGAAGUGGGCACCAGACAAUGAAUGUCUGUGUGAUAAUUUUUCUUCUUUUAACUCUACACCCAAGGAGUAGAGCGGUCUCUUUGACAUGGGCCUGAUACGUAUUCACAGUUCUUUUCAGCAAACAUCCCAGAAGGAUGCAAAUGUAGCAGCCGGAAUCCCCACUGGGGACAAUUGGGAGGGCACUUCAACUUCUCGCAUUCGCCUAGUAACCAAGUGAAACCUUCAGAAAACCUUGACCAGAACCAGGGAAUUAAAACUCUUUUAACUUACUCAAAAUGAAAAUUUAGCUACUGUUUAUUGUCACAUAUGUAUUUUUAGUGUGCAUGUGUGCCACUGCAUAUGUCUUUAUUGUUGUAUGUUUGUUUUUGGUGCGUGUAUGUGACACUAUACGUGUGAGACUGUGUAGCAUGCUGUCCCAUAUCAUUCGUCGUCAUGGAGAGAAAGACGCUAUUGAGUGACAUUUCAUCGUUGGCGUCAAUAGAAUCUUUGACCGUAGUGGACACUACUAAUUCUGUUAGUUUUUCGGCAGCCAUUGAUUUUACCAAUAAAGACAGAAGUGGUUAUUGUCAAACGCUCAGAUUUUCAUAGUUAAUUAAUGCAGCAAGCACAUCGAGAACAGUAUAUGCACGUUAUGAAUUACGUAGAUUAUUUAUAUCCAAUUUAUAUUUCAUAAAAUAAAAGUGUUUAACUGGGGCUCAUCGUCUUAAAUAACCCUGUGACAAUUCCAGCCUUUUGUAAAACUUUUCCUCGAAUGCCGAGGGUCAUAAGCAGUUACUAAGUCCCCGUUAUACAGCGCACGAACUUCCUUUUUUUAAACAUUUGUCAUCUAAUUAUGGCCCAUGACCUAGAAACAAAAAUGGACCAUAGAAUGGUUUACUUGAUAUACAACUAACUAACUACUUCAGUGAAUAUUUGAUUACAGUUUUAAACCAUAAUACAUUACGAAUUAUUGUAUGGCCACUUAGCAUGAACAGGUAAAUCUUAUCCAAUAUUUCCAUUCUUGUCACAGAGAAAGCAGGCCUACUGACUUCUUUUUUAUUUAACUGGAAACAACCUCACCAACAACAAAACCAUUCGUCAAGAAACAAACAUUCUUGUAAUAAGCACUCUAAAGUAUGAUAUUACACCGCAACAACUUUAAACCAGCGUGCCGUACCUGUUUACGGUGGGGACGAUCACUCAGUUGUCCGUGAAUCGUGCAACACGGAUUUGGUAACUGCUUAGGUCCAUCAGCUGCAGCGCCUUUGUAAGCUGUCUGUCGAAACACUGAGCAAAAAAUAAAAUCGUCGAGAGACUGGACACUCAAAAAAUGUACCUCAACUUUCAGACAUCCGCUGUGUCUUGCAGCACCAAAUUUCUAAAUAAUAAUAAUAAUAGAAACAGAUCUCUGUAAUGUCAGUUAUUCUCGAAUUUUCCUGCGUUACUUGGAUUUGUACUUCUGAAAUAUUUUCUUGCAUGUCUGAAACACUUUCUCAUUUAUGCAUGUGGUAGGCAAAAUUCUAAAACAGAGAAAAAAUUUUCUUGAAUUUCUUUUUCGUGAUAAUGUGUAUUUAGUACUCUUUGUAUCCUGAAUACGUGGACUCUAAUGAGCUGCAAACACCCAUUGACCAUAAAGUUAUGUGUAGAUUUCAUAUGUACAGUUAUAUCAAGAAAUCACUGGUUAUUUCAUCCUCCCCUAAAUAUCAGUGUUUUUCUAACGGAAUUAUUAAUUAUUCACUCUGUCAGAAACAAAGCCUAGAGCGAGAGAGGCAUCGUAUCGAAUUCUGUAAGUUCAGUUUUUUUUUCUUUUUUCUCUGCCAUGUUUAUCACAUUACAUUUGUAAAAGUGAUCCAUUUACAUUUUAAAGCAAAUUACAGUUACUCCAUAAAUUAUGAACACCGGAGGCCACUGUGCAACUGGACUGAGACAGGGUCAUUCAGUUCAGAUUUAAUCGAAAACUGUAUUGCUAUCGGCAGUUUUUGGAGAUGUUCUGACUCUUCCAGAUACAUAGGGAAACAAUAUUACAGUUCUCAGAGCUUUCCCGGUACGUGGCUACUGGUGUUAGCGUUCACAGUGAAUUUUAAUUCUGGGUGGCGAAAUACGAAUUCCUCCGCGUAUGUAGAGCUGCCAGAACGUCAUGAGGGAUGCAGUUCUCUGUUAUUCACAGCUGUCGAAUGACCCGAGUAGCUGUCGUCUGUACAUUUUAAGCCAACCUUGUAGUAUACCUACACCUCCUCAUCUAGCCAUUGUACUUCAGGAUCUCCCUAAUUGGUUUCCGUCGUUAACUGAUGUCAUACUGACAGCCCUGGACGGCCCCGUGUAGCACAGUACACCCACCCACGUGUGUCAUCAUUUGUGUGUUUUGUAUAACGUAACUGAUAACGUGGUUACUUCCGUUUUUGGAAUUGGUGAUAGCUCUAAAAACAGUUCUCUGUCCCUUUGGUGGCUAAAUCAAAGGAAUCCAAACACUGCCGCAAAUGACGAUUUCCGUCCUACUUUUUUUUCCUUUUUUGUUUAUCAUUAGUAGAAUAUCGUACUUUCCCGGUUGAUGUCAUGUGAAACUGCUCAUUGUUGUAGCACGGCAGCUAACACUUUACAGACGUUCUGUCCAAGAAAUGUACACUGAACGAUUUGCGGUAGAAACGUGUCAUUUGUAUCAUCCACACACUGUAACAAAAAGAACAAAUCUAGCGUUUUAGCAAGAGAAUAUUAUAUUGGGAGAAGGACGAUGGAGUAGCCUAUUCUUGUUGAGACCUGAUUAAGACUUUACUACCAGAAGUAAACUUUUUAAUGUCACUUGGAAUAAACCGUAAUAUUCCCCUUCUCGUGUAUUGUAACGACAUUUAGUCUGAUGAAAUUUAUUGUGCUACUUCAUUAUUUUGGCGGGCAGAAUAAUCAGAUACAUAAGUAACUAAAGGGGGGCGAGAUAGGUGAAAGGGGAGGUGGGAGAGAGAAAUCAGGAAUCACCGAGAGUUUGCGCAACAGUAACAGUUCUUAACACCGAAGAACCAAGAUAUCAGCGAUUGUGAGCUUAAUUGCUGACUGCUCCUUUGUUCCGGGAGUGAUCUGCACACAUCGAUCGGCGAUUCCGCUUGGCCAGACUCGCGCGACCGUGCAUCCUUUCUUUCGUGUGUGCCUGCUUUCUUCUGCAGACAACAGCUUGAAUGGCCGUUGUCAUCUCCACGGUCUAAUUAAAGAGGGAACCUGCAGCCAGCGUUCAGCACAACAGAAAUAAAUACCUGUGCCCUCACUCAGAGUCGGCUAUCUUUAGCACGGUCCGCGGCGACUAAUCCCCUCGAGAUUGCUGCAGCUCGCUCCGAACGCUGGUCCUAGGAACACGGUUCGCACCUCGCUCGCUAUGUCAGCACUAAAACGUGACAAGACGUUUCUCUCCCAUUUCAUCCCAGCGAAUAUCUAUCUGUUUGGAUGGAGGCAAAAGAUCUCUACGCUGUGAGCAAACACAAUCUCGUCGUUAUUCGUAGCUGGAAACGAAGCAGCGAAAUACGUAAAACUGACUUUUCAGUUACGUGUUCAGCGUCGUAACUUCUCCCUCCUUCUUGCUAAAACUUGCGUGGCUAUUCUGUGCUAACCGCUCCACACUGUGUGCUGCACGAUAUAGAUAACUACAAAUGAACGAUAACGGGAAACGCUGGUAGCUGCCUGGAUCGCAAGUACCACGCUUCUGUCGCAGUUUCUAUGACAUCUUACGGUCGCGAAAGGUAAACAUGGCACCUCUAACAUUUGUAAAUCGUUAGUUAGUUCACUGUUUACAUUACCUGCUCUUGUAAUGAAAGACAUCCUUAGUGCUUAAUUCCUUCAGAAAAUAGUUUCUUCAUCAAGGAAUGAGGAAGGCUUGUCAAACUGUCUGCAAGUAUGUGCAUGACAUUUGUAAAUUAUUUGUCUUGUUUGUAAAAUAAAUUACUAGAAAAGUA